AUGUCGGACAAGUCCACCGUUGUCGAAGAGGAAUAUGAUGUGCUUCUAUGCCCUGCCCAGUACUCUGCAAAGACAGAUACGCCAGCGGCUAUCUCGAGGUCGUCGCCAGCACAGUGGGAGCUUGUUUACGAGCCAAGUAUCGUCGCAUCCCACCCCCUCUACGGUUCAUCUCCGCCUGCUUGGCCCGUUCUGGCGAAGAAGUGGAUGGGAUGUUGGACGGAGGAUGGAGAAAUAAGGUCCGGAUCCACCCGGGCGGGAUAUGCUCGACACUGGAUGACCGUUGGAGUUGGCAUGGUCGAAAGGGAAUUUGAGGAGCUCAAGACCACAAUUGGCACAAUUUUUGCGCGUGAUGUGGGCACCGUCGGGGGCCCUGGACGUUGCGUUGCCAAGCUGCGUAUUCGCUGCACCCCUUCAUCUCAGAGCUCGCUCAACGGGAUGGCCCCACGUCGGGUGUGA